UGCGUCUUGCGUCCGUUACGAUCGUGCCCGUUGCGUCUUCCACGGAGUGACCGUUUUAAAGGUGGUUAAGACCACGUACAGUGUAAGCUUGUCUCUUACCGGAGGUCAUGUUACAUACAUCAGGUUUUAAAAUUCGCUAUUAUCGCUGCCAGCUGACAACCUCAAAAAAGGAUUUUGUUGCACAGUACUGUAACAAAGAACAUCGGAAGAUCGCAUUCUACCGAAACGCCUAACAACGGUUCGAGAUCAUGAAGUUAUCCUUAAACAGGUUUUCAAUACCCACGGUUGAAUGGUAGGUGCAACACGUCUCUCAUCGUAGUGGUGACGAUUCCUUUCAAUUCCACCAAGGAAUCAUCCGUUGCGACAUUCAACGUAAACCUAACUGGCUGGUGAUCACAUUCGAAAAAAAGGUUUUCUAUGUGCAAGUGUGUGUAUUUUUUUUUUGUGAAUUCCGUGUACCGUGUUCCAACCUGUGGCUACCUGGUGCGUCGAUCCUAACUGUCCACGGCAGUGUAGAAGGCAAGAACGUGGACGCGGCGGCAGUUAAGAUUCCGUUUCAUUCAACUUCAUGUGCGUGAUCAAACGGUGCUUCUGUCGAGCGUUGGUGUGAUCGCGAGUGAGCGAAGUAUUCAACAUACAUAUCAGUUGGUGGAAAGAAUAUCCAUACUAUGGUCAUUAGAGAGAUGUGAAAAAGUUUAAAAUCUACCCAAAAUUUAUAUCAAAGAAAAAGUGUUAGAAAAUAUAGUUAGUAAUACACAAAGGUUCGUAUAGAACCAAAGGAUUGCAGUCACCACAUCCAGCAAACGCAGCAGUAGUGUCGGUCCUUCUUUUUUAAUGUUUAAUGUGCUAUAAUAACCACUGUGAUGAGGCAUGCAUCCGUAUGGAUGUGUAUCCUGCUGACAUUCUACAACCUGCAAGCGACGUCACUGGCGGCUAUCGUACCACCGCCAUGGAGCGAUCCGAACAAAAACCCCUGCGCUACGCAACCGGGCGGCUGGCAGCUGCUUUACUGGCCACCGCUCAAACGCUGCUUUAAAAUAUUCCAGCUCGGCUAUCCCUGUCCCGACACGAUGGAGCUCAGCCCGGUCGGGGCCGGUUCGACCGGGCUCGGUUCUACGGCCGAAUGUCGCUGCCCGCCCGGUACCGCCCAAUCACCGCUAACCAAGAAAUGCCACAAACUCUUCGAACGCGGUCCGUGCGAGUUCGGCCAAUACUUUGCACCGAUUGCCGAUUCGGUUGGAAGGAGUGCCAUACCAAAACAACGCUGGGGUGUCUGCAAGUCGACGGAAAUCUGUGACAGCGGAAUGAUCUAUUGGCCACAGGACAACAAAUGCUACCAGAUACACACCAAAGGCCCUUGUCCGAAGGGAAAGCUCAUCAGUUUAGAUAACAACGGAAUUGCGCGGUGCAAGUGUGAAAACGAAGGCGACCUAAGUAACUACUACCACGAGGACACCGAAACUUGCCAUGAGUUUUUCACCAAAGGACCCUGCCUCGGUACGGGUGAACUAUUUCUUCCGUCGCGGAAGUGUGCGUGUCACGAGCGUUUGCCACACUAUCACAACGAGACAAACCAGUGUUACGAGCUCGGUACGAUUGGACCCUGCCCCUUCGGUCAUACGUUUAUCGUGGCGGACAGUAAACGGCAAACGGAUGGGUCGAGCAGUGGCAUGAAGGCGGAAUGUCGCUGCAAGGAUGGUUAUGUGCAGUGGAAGGACGGUUACUGCUACAAGCUCUACACGCAAGGACCGUGCGAGUUCGGUUCGUUUGUCACCGAGACAAACGUUUGCACGGUUAAUCCGUGCGAAAAAGGGCGGCUGUACUUCCCGCAGGAGAAAACAUGCUACCGUAUCGGUUCGCAGGGUCCGUGCAGCUUGCAUCAGGUGGUCAUCUUUGACUUUACCUCACGCCCAUCGCUCGACGGCAUCUCGUACAAUGGUAUGUGCGGGUGUUCGGGCGUGAUCUCGAAUCUGGACCAAUCCUGUACGGAUGAGGCAGACCAAAUACCGCAAAGUGCCUGCGACAGUACGCCCGACAUGGUCGAGGUGAAUCGCCAGUGUUACAAACUUUAUACGCGCGGACCGUGCGGACCCGGUCAGUGGUUGGAACCGAAGAAAAUUCCUACCCGCAUACGAUCGGCAGCCUGUGUGUGUCGGCCGGGUUACACGCCGUAUGAGCAACCGCUCGCCAACGGUGUCAUAGGCUGCCAAGCGCCCAGUGUCGGCAUUGCCAGAUGGUUUAUGAGCUUGCUAGGCUUUGGAACAUCCGACCCGGACGAAUACUGAAAAUCGACGAAACUACUUUGGAAGAUUCAUGACACAGCGAAGAGCAUCAAUCAUCAAGCCCCAUUUACCAUUACGAACUUACAGCACCACCAGGCCGUAGCACGAUCAGAAACUAAUAUCAUAUACCCUGUUUGCACACAUUGAUUGCUUCAUAUGCACGCCUAUAGUUAUACCAAAUGCACAUUUCCCAUACUUCAACGCUUUAACCAUCGAUACAGCAGCUAUGAAUUUUCAACCCGCAUGAAUGUACCCUGCGCGAUUUGAUCCAAAACAGUGUGCCAUAGGACAACAAGAUGGACAAAUUAAUUACCAUGGGUCGUCUCUGUGUAAAUCGAACACCAUUCAUACCCUAUUUAAGUGUGUAAUGUUAGGUAUAAUGUUUGUAAAAAAGGGAACACCUUUGCGUCUUUGCUCGGCAAAACAAAUAAACUUAAUAAACCACAAAACAAAACUAAAACAAUGUAUGCUCUCUUUCUGACAAAACAAUUUUUCAUAGCGCAUAUAGAAUUUAAUUAAAUGAAUCGGUUUAGUAUACGAGGCUAACAUUUUUCCCCCCGAAAACAUUCCCAGUCUUAACAUAAACAGCAAUGCAUAGGAGAGUGCAAGCGAAAAAU